GGCAAUAAUCAAGUUGUCAAGUCAAGUUGGAAUUGUUGCACAUUUUUAAUAAAUAUUUAAUCAUAUGUUAUAAAUAAUAAUAAAAAUUCCCGUGGGCCUUUAGUGGAUUUCAUCCAUCGAAUACCGCCGAACGUCGCGUAAAUGUGCGUAGCGUGUGAUGGUUACAUUUUAGGAAACAUCGUUGAGUAAAUUCGAUUCGAGUGCAUCGCGAUGGCCGGGCCGGACGUGGCAGCCCUAGCGGCGGAUUUAGCGCGCGCCGUCGAGCUCACCAUGAGCACGGGGGCCUCCCAGCAGGACAGGUUCAGGGCCUACCAAGCUUGCGAGAGCUUCAAAGAAACGUCCCCGCUUUGCGCGGAGGCCGGGCUCUAUCUGGCCGCCGGUACUCACCACUCGUCGAUAUCCAGGCAUUUUGGCCUCCAACUCAUGGAGCAUACCGUCAAGUACCGCUGGACUCAAAUCUCCCAACAGGAGAAGAUCUUUAUUAAGGAGAAUGCUAUGAAGUUACUAUCCGCCGGAGGCAUCAGCGAUGAAACCCACAUGAAGGACGCUUUGAGCAGGGUGGUUGUCGAGAUGGUUAAGCGGGAAUGGCCCCAACAAUGGCCCGGUUUGUUGAACGAAUUGUCCGAUGCCUGUGCUUGCGGAGAAACCCAAACCGAACUAGUUCUACUAGUUUUCUUGCGGCUGGUUGAAGACGUAGCUUUAUUACAGACGCUCGAAUCGAACCAACGACGUAAGGACAUCUACCACGCUCUCACCGCUAACAUGGCGGUGAUUUUCGAAUUUUUUCUACGAUUAAUCGAAUUACACGUCGGGCAAUUCAGGCUACACAGCGAAUCGAACGUGACUAAAGCGAACGCUCACUGCCGAGUGGUGCAAGUGGUACUACUAACACUGACCGGCUUCGUCGAAUGGGUUUCUAUGACUCACAUCAUGGCACAGAACGGAAGACUGCUACAAAUCCUAUGUUUACUACUCAACGAUGCCGCAUUUCAAUACUCCGCAGCCGAAUGUCUAUCGCAGAUUGUCAACCGCAAGGGCAAGGCCGACGAAAGGAAACCCAUACUGAUAUUAUUCAACAACGAACCGAUACAGUGCUUGUUGACCGCCGCCAAAAAUCCAGGGACCAUCGGAGACGAACAACACUACUUGUUCAAGAAGAAAUUGAUCCAAGUAUUGCUGGGUUUGACGACGCAAGUGUGUAGCUUAUGGGGCAAGGACGGCUUGGCGCGUCCGUCGAAUUUCACGAUGUUCCUCGAGGCCAUACUGGCGUACAGCGUACACCCGAGCUUGUGUCUAGCUCACGGAGCUAAUCCCAUAUGGAACAGCAUGCUGAAGAACGAGCACGUCGCCAGGGACCCGAUUUUCCUGUCGUACAUACCGCAGUGGGUGCAAUGUACGGCCCCUAAAAUCGUGAAGUUCUGCUUUCCGGUCGGCAAGAGCCCCACGAACGGCGACGGUGGCGAGAAAAUCCUGUACGCGAAGCUGGAUUUCGACAGCGAAGAGGAAUUUUCGGCGUUCUUUUAUAGAUGUCGAUCAGAUAUGCUCGAUUCGUUUAGACAUGCGACUGUUGUGGCGCCUUUAGUUACUUUCAAUUACGUUGAACAGUGGUUAAUAAAAUGUCUACAAGUACCGAAUACGACUGUGGGAUUGUCUAUGUCCGAUCCUGUCUAUCAGGAAUGGGAGGCGUUGUCGAAUUUUUUAGAAAGUAUCCUUAGUAGGGUGCUGCAAGCUAUGGAACGACCAUCUAUCGCUUCUGGGCUGAGAUUACUUCAACUGUGCUUGUCGUAUCAACCUGCGGAUCCUUUAAUUCUGUCAACUUUACUCACGUGCAUUUCGGCUUUGUUUGUGUUUCUGAGCAUGUCAACGGGACAAAUGGCGCCUACUGCUAAUUCAGUAGCAGCUUCGGGCGCCGCGCUUUUGCCCCAAGUGUUAGAAAAAAUCUUUUCGACGCUAGUCUAUACGCCCGAAGGCGUUUCGGUCAACAACAGAUCUCGAGCUGUUAAGAACGUCAGACGUCACGCGGCGUCUCUAAUGGUGAAAAUAGGUAACAAAUAUCCCCUUUUGUUGCUGCCCGUGUUCGAUCAAAUCAGAGCUACGGUCGACAAUUUAUCCAGACCGGACGGGCCAGCGAAUUUGAGCAUCUUAGAGAAGAUAACUUUGCAAGAAGCUCUUUUAUUAAUAUCCAAUCAUUUCGGAGAUUACGAUAGGCAGAGUACGUUCGUAGGAGAAGUAUUGAGGGAUGCCAAUGUUCAAUUUUUAGAUAUUAUCAACGCAGGUGCAUUUAGAAACGCGACUAAUUUCAUCAGUUUCAUCGGCCUCGAUAAGCCCCCGGUGCCCAGUAACACGGAAGACGUGUGCGGCCAGAACCGCGGCAACAUCAUGUUCUGCCUGAACCUCCUCCUGGGGGCCAUCAAGCGGUGCGCCUGGCCCGACGAUCCGGAGCGAGCGACGCGCGGCGGCUUCGUCGUCUCGCUGACGGAGUCCGGGAAUCCGGUGUGCAGGAAUCCGGCGGCGCCGCACGUCGUGCCCCUCUUGCCGCACAUACUCAAUCUGAUGAAGAUUUUCAACGAGCUGUUCUCGCCCGAGGCGCAGAACAUGAUACACGAGAGUUACAAGGAUUGCUUGGGCAUGCUGGAGACCGAGAGGAUGAAUUUGUUGGGGUUGAUCGGGCACAUCGUAGGCGACGCCGGCGACGCGCAAGCGGUGCAGAGUCCUCUGGAGAGGAUGCAAAGGUUUUUGAGCGGUUUACACGAGACUUGUUAUCAUAUGAUGGGAUCGUUGGGCCCGUCUUUAGGUAGAGAUUUGUACAAUAUACCAGAGCUCGGUUUGGCUAUCGUUAAUAGUGUGUUGUCGUUUAUACAAUUUAUACCGGAUUAUAGGAUUCGACCAAUCAUAAGAGUGUAUCUAAGGCAAUUUAUCUUUUCGUGUCCGGCUCCAUUUUACGAAGUGGUCAUUCUACCAAUCAUGGUUCAUCUUGCGCCUAUUAUUCUUUCGAGAUUGCACACGAAAUGGCAGCAAGUUAUCGAAUUCCGCAAUCGCGAGGCGCACGAAGACAACCAAGACACGCAGGAGGUGCUCGAAGACAUCCUGACGCGCGCAUUGACCAGGGAAUAUUUGGAUUUGCUGAAAGUGGCUUUAGUCGGCGGAUCCGUUAUGCCGGAAUCCACCGCUGAUUCCAUGGAAACGGAGGAAUACAGCACCGAUUCGCCCACACCGCCUCACACCAGAUCUAACAUAACGAACGAAGUCAUCUCCGAUUUAGGUUUGAUAUUGUUGCGUAACGAAAAAACCUGCCAUUCGAUCGUGCUGGCUGUGCUGGGAGCGCUGUCGUGGAUCGACAGUAACGCAUCGUUAAAGGCCACUUCGUUGAUCGGACCUAUUGUUCGGCAACUUGUAUCGGAUAAAUCGUUGAACGGAGACGUGGCGGCUCACAUUAUGGCUGCUGUAUUGAACGCUUUGACCCUUCACGGUCAGCAUGAGGCUAACCAAGGGUCCUUGUUGACGUUAGGGGCUCAGAUUUACGAGCUGCUGAGGCCUACGUUCCUCGAAGUUCUGGCGGUUAUGCAGCAAAUCCCCGGUGUGAAUCCGGUCGAUUUGCAGAAAUUAGACGAGAGAAUAUCCGGGAAUACCAGCAAAGGCAACAAAGUGGAGAAAGUUAAGAAGGAUCUCUUUAAGAAGAUUACCGGAAGCUUAAUAGGAAGAAGUAUGGGACAGUUGUUUAAGAAGGAGGUGAAAAUACACGACUUGCCGCGAAUAGUAGUACCGAAAAAACCGGAUAGCGAUGAAGUAAUCCCGAAUUUGAGGAAUGCGUUCAGUUAGUGAAGCGUACUCGUUUUACUUAUUUAUUGAUUGGUGAAUUGUGCAACAUUCCUGAACAAGAGCGGAUCAACAUGAAGAAUUUGUGAUGUGAACAUUGAAUUUUAUUGACGAAAAAAAAAAAAUAUGUUACUUGUUUUGUAUCCACAAUACAAUUUUUUAAAAAUCGAAAAAUAGCAGAUUGAUUGAUGCAUUUAUUUUGUGUUCCUCCACUCUUGUUGCUGUUGUUCAGUUUUAGACUGGUACCUAUUUUCAUACUUUAUAAUAAUUGCCACAUUUUGUACAGAAUUUGUUAGUUUUAUUUUUAUUUAAGUUUUUUUUUUGUUAUGAUUUAAAAUAAAAAAGCUUAUUCUUAGAGAACUAACAGGUAUAUUUAAGAAACUUCUACGACUACGGGAGCAUCGUCUUCGUCUUCGGAAUCCAAAUGGCUGAAAUCCCACUGAUAGAGGUUGGUUAAUUUCUUCAUGAAUCGUUGAGAUUUCGUUUUUAAGAAACCAUCCACUUCAGAGUCUUUUAUCGACCUAAAUAAUUGCUUUAAUUUAACGUAAACGAAGUUGCUAUUCGUCACGAUGUCCGCUAAAAAUUCCUCUGGUAUUUCCUGAAUUUGCAGCUCUAUUAUCGUUAUAAAUAUAUCGUAUAAAUGUUUUCGUUUAGUAAUACCUAUUUCGCAAGAGCAGAAUAGGCUGAAUAGUUUCUUCCACUGUUCGAAGGCUUCUAAACUGUGCCCAACUAGAAAGCAAAUGUAACACAGUUGCAUCUCUCCUAAAAUUUCUGUUGUUAUGCUGUAUUUGUUGAUCAUUUGGUCCAGAACGUACGAGGAAUCCAAGGAAUAUUUUGUAAUGUCCGAUACAGUCGCAUUUUCUGGAUAGUUUCUUUCCGGGAAUGGCGUAAAGUUCAACUCGGUGCCUUCUUUAGCUUUCAAAGUAGGCAAAAAACUGUGUUCGGUUUCUUGGGAUAAUUUCGGGCUCUUAGAGGCAGAUUGUUCCGGUUGUUCCCCGUUAUUUGCAGCCUUCCUUUUACCUCUCGGUCUAUCAGCAUCACUACAAGGUUGCAGUUCUAAUGCUGAUUGAAUAUAUCCAGUCGUAGGAGUUAUACGCUCGAUUAACCCAUUCGUAAUGCACGAGCAUAAGCUUUUCCAUUUGUCGAGGAUAUCGUACGGAUAGGGUCCCAAGAAAGCGUCCAUAAGAAGGAUGUUCUCUUUCAAAUUCACUACCUCAGUCUCCGAUACUUCCUCGUUGCUGAUGCAUUCGUUCUUUCUGUCCCAUUUUUUGACUAAAACCUCCGAUUUUCUGAACGUUUUGAAAAAGCCCGUCCUCGGGGCCGUAUCGCCAGUGCUCGACACGCCGCUGAAGAAUAUAUAAUGUGUCCCCGGUGGUAUCAUUUUCACCCCUCUGAAUUUAUCGCCUGUAUUCCACGAUUUUAAAUCGAUGCCGAACUCCGUGCCUUCAGGGACGUUUAACAGGAUGAAAAAAGCGCCUUCGGCCAAAAGAUUCUUGGCUGUUUGUUGGUCCAUAAUUAUUUAUUUUCUUUUUAUAAUAAAUAAACUUUAUAUUUACAAUGUUU